GUAUCCCCAGAGACGACGCCAUUUUCGCAGUGUCGGACGUGGUGAAGUUCGCAUAAGGUGAAAAACGCUCCUAUUUUGAGUCGCCCGAGAACAAUUCUAACAAGAUGGAUAUGGAUGAUCACAGUAAUCUUGGUAUGCCUGAUUCAGACAUGCUAAGUGACAUGAUCAGAGAGGAAAUACUGGAUGGUGAAGACUCAGAUCAGGUUCCUGAGGGCAUUCAGCCAGAAUCCUAUGAGAACAAUGAGGAACAAGAAGAAGAAGAGAUGAAAGAAACUGAUGAAGAAAAUAUGCGCAAACGUCCCCCAAGUGCAACUCCCAGUGAUGAUGAACCUGCAUCAAAGAAACGCACCAAUGAAGUUGAUAAGCUAUGGAAGAAUGUGAAUGACAACCCAAAUGACUUCCAAGCCUGGACAUUGUUACUUCAGCAUAUUGAUCAGGUGAGCGAUUUGGAAUCCGGACGAGAAGCCUAUGAUGGAUUCUUUGGUCGCUACCCCUAUUGCUAUGGCUACUGGAAGAAGUAUGCUGACCUUGAAAGACGCAAGGGUACCAAGGAAACAGUUAUGAAGGUGUUUAACCGGGGAUUGGAUGCGAUCCGACUAAGUGUUGACCUGUGGCUUCACUUCAUGGAGUACAUCACAUCGCAGUACCCUGAUGAUGAGGCAUUCGUGAGGCAAGAGUUUGAGCGUGCCAUUGAAACUUGUGGCCUGGAGUUCAAGUCAGACAAGCUGUGGGAGGCAUACAUAAAUUGGGAGAGUGGUGGUAAGAGAUAAAAUGUUACACAGCUGUAUGAGAGACUUCUAGCUACUCCAACAAGUAAAUACAUGCAGCACUGGCAAAAGUUCCAGGAGCAUGUGAAAAAGCACCUGCCGAGUGAAGUUGUUGGCGUGGAUGAAUUCCUCAGUUUACGGCGGUCUGUCCUGACCGAGUUGAACCGCUCAGACAUUGAGACUCCAGAUGAAGCCCCCCCGGGUGUGGAGGCAGCCCCUGGGGACGAACAAGUGGGGACAAACGUGGACGAAGAGACUAAAGCUCUGCAGAAGAGUAUUAUAUCUGCACGCCAGAAGAUUCACGAGGCAAAUGUUGUAGAAGCAAAAGCAUUGUGGAGUUAUGAGGAUGCCAUCAAGAGGCCAUAUUUCCAUGUGAAGCCACUAGAGAAGAGCCAGUUGACAGCCUGGAGGAAUUACCUUGAUUAUGAAAUUAAGCAAGGAAAAGCAUCCAGAGUCAGAGUGUUGUUUGAGAGAUGCCUCAUAGCAUGUGCCUUGUACGAGGAGUUCUGGAUGAGGUAUAUAAGAUACCUAGAGGAAUCAGGAGCACAAGAAAGUGAAGUCCGUGCAAUCUACCAAAGGGCCUGUCUCAUUCAUCUUAGAGACAAGUUCAGACCACACCUUUCCUGGGCAGCAUUUGAAGAAGAGAAAGGUGAUGGAGACCGAGCCCUUGAGAUCCUAGAUGAUAUACAGACAAGAGUUCCUGGAAGUUUGGAAGCUUGGAUGCAGGCUGCUGGGGUCGAGCGUCGCAGGGGUAACAUGGAAGCUACAAAAGAAGUAUUUGAUCGCUGCCUAGCGAUCUGCCAAGAAAGGGAAGAUAAGAAUGCACACUCGCAUGUAUCGCUCAAGUAUGCGAGGUUCCACACUUUGUUCUGUGGUGACACAGACAAGGGAGUUGAGAUCCUCAGAGAAGCUCAUGAAUAUAACAAGAAUAACAGCAAUGUGUUGCUAGCAUUGGUGGAUCAGGCUCUCCUGUGUCAGCCUCCAAAAUUUGCUAUGGCAGCAGAAAUCCUGAAAGAGGGGCUUGAUUCCUGUCAGCAACCUGGAACCAGACUGAUGUUUGCUCACAGAUACUUCCACUUCAUGUCUGAAUGUGGACAAGAGACAGACAGUGUGACCAAUGGCCUGCGUGUUUUAAGGGAAGUUCAGAUGGAGGUGAGACAAAUGGAUGCAUGUGCGUCAGAAACAGAUACUGCAAGUAAUACUAGCAAGCAAGGAGAUGCAGCCAGUGGGGGUAUCUCUGUCAUUGAGUCCCGGCGAGAGAAGAGAGGGAGCCAAGAGAAGACCAGUCCCAGCCCUGUCAAUGGCACAACAGGAACAACACAGCAACAACAGGCAGUUAACACAAAUUACCAAGGCUACCAGCAGGCAGGAUAUGGUGGCUACAACCAGGGCUAUGCACAGGGCUAUGGAGCUUCACACUACCAGGGAUGGGGCUAUCCAGCUCAACAGGGUGGUUAUGGUUAUGGACAGCAGGGUUGGGGGGCAUAUGGAAGUUACUAUGGUCAGAGAUAAGAAUGAAAUCAUUCUUUUAAUUUUACUCCUUUUAAGUGAUUCACAGAUAUAAGUAAUCCUCCAUGUGUAAAGCAUGAUUGUAUAUUGGAAUGCUUUGUUAACAGGAUUUCCAAGUUGUCUAGGAGAUUGCAUCACUUUUUGUUGUAUGGUGAGUAAUGAUAAAGUUCUUGAUAUUCACUUAAGCCUUUCAAGUUUAGAUAUUUGUAUUGCGUCUCAUUAUGAUGAACUUAGUUCAUAUGUCUUGAAUGUACGAUGGAGUAUGUAUGUCUUUGGCAAUUUAGUAAUACUGUGAAUAAAUGUGAUUGCAAAAGGUAGUCUGCAUGAGACCAUACAAACCAGAGAAACUGUUUGAAAUCUGGAAAAUUAUAAAUCCCAUCUUUAGCAUAUUUGAUUAAGCUAUUAAGUACAGUUGCAUAGCACUAUAUUUAGGAAAUAUUCAGUGCAGAACUUGUGUAGAAACUUUGUGAACCAAGUGAUGGGAAGUAAGGCUUUCAAUAUGUAGUGUUUGUUUCAGUGAUGGGUAAAAUAUAUAACAAAGAGGCCUGGGUCUCCCAUUUUUAAAUUUUAAGAAAAGUUGCUUGUACACACACAAAAAAAAAAAAAAAUCUGGCACGA